UACUUGUUUGUUAGCAAGACCAAAACUGAAAAAAACGACUCUGUUCUGCUUCUUGAAUCUCGAUCUGGGUACAGUACGCUGUUUCUCCUUCUGCUUCACUCCAGUAGGGUAGGGUUCCAUGGAUCGUCAAUGGCGUCCCAAUCCCAAUCUCAAUCCAAGACCAAUUCAAUACCAAACCAAUCUCUGUCCCAAUUGCUUAACCCCACACUUCCCCUUUUGCCCCAACCCUUCUCCUAAUUGGCCACCACCGCCACCGCCACCAAACCCUACCAUCAACAAUUACGACUCCGAUUUCGAUAGAACCUUUAAGAAACCAAGAAUCGAAGACGACGAACGAAGAUUAAAGCUCAUUCGUGAUCACGGUCUCAAUCCACCUCAAUUUCAACACCCUCCACCACCACCGCCACCGCAAUAUCACCCUCCUCCACCACCACCGCCGCCACAUAUUCACAAUACUCCAAUUUAUCAUCCUCAACAACACCACAGCGAAUUCAAUUCACCUUUCCACGAUCCUAAUUUUCACCAUUUUCAACCUCAACCAGUGGAUAAUCAUAUUCACAAUCAUAAUUUCAAUGCACGAGAAUCACAUCAUCCUUAUCCAUAUCCAAAUCCUUACCCUAAUGGUAGUAACAAUGGUUUUUCUGACAAUAAUGCUCAAAUGGAAGCUUCUAGAUUCUACAGGCCUCCUCUUCCUACUUCUCCGCCUCCGCCACUUCCGAUGGAUCCACCCAUGUAUUUUUCUGCACCUAAGAAACCACCUUCACUAUUUCCUGUUACUUCUUCUGCGCCUCAUGAGCCUCACCCAUUUCCCCAACCUUAUUUUCACACUACUAAACCAGAAUUUUCCACUGCCUUUCCUACUGAGGAACCAUCGAAACAGUACUUGGGAGAUGCACAACCUUUUUCGAUAAACCCAUUGGCUGCCGAGAAGCCUAAGUUUGUUGAUGCUUCUCAAUUAUUCCGGAAUCCACUUCGAACUUCACGGCCUGAUCAUUUUGUGAUCAUACUUCGUGGUUUUCCAGGCAGUGGUAAGACUUACUUGGCAAAGAUGUUGCGUGAUCUAGAGGUCGAAAAUGGUGGUGAUGCUCCACGAAUUCAUUCUAUGGAUGAUUAUUUUAUGACGGAGGUUGAAAAGGUUGAGGAUAGUGAUGGACCAAAAUCUUCAAGUUCAGGAAGAAACAAGAGGCCUGUAACAAAAAAGGUCAUGGAGUAUUGUUAUGAACCUGAAAUGGAGGAGGCUUAUCGGUCGAGCAUGUUGAAAGCAUUCAAGAAAACUGUUGAGGAGGGCGUUUUUACCUUUAUUAUAGUGGAUGACCGCAAUCUGCGGGUAGCUGAUUUUGCUCAAUUUUGGGCAACUGCAAAGAGAUCGGGUUAUGAAGUUUACAUUUUAGAAGCUACUUACAAGGACCCAGUGGGUUGUGCUGCAAGGAAUGUCCAUGGAUUUACACAGCAAGAAAUAGAAAAGAUGGCUGAGCAAUGGGAAGAAGCACCAUCCUUGUAUCUGCAGCUUGAUAUGAAGUCACUAUUUCAUGGAGAUGAUCUAAAAGAAAGCAGAAUACAGGAGGUUGACAUGGAUAUGGACGAUGAUCUUGAUGAUGCUUUAGUUGCAGCGCAAGGAAGAGAAGCUGACAAAGCUGUUGUCCGUCCUGUCAAGGAUGGUGAAGGCUCCAUAAAGGAUGGGAAGAGAUGGGAUGCUGAAGAGGAACAUCCAACGGAAGUCAGAGAACUUGGUAAAAGCAAAUGGUCUGAAGAUUUUGAAGAUGACAUCGACCAAACUGAAGGUAUGAAGGGCAAUAUUAAUGCUCUGUCUGGGUUAAUUCAUCAAUAUGGCAAGGAACGAAAAUCUGUACAUUGGGGUGAUCAGGUUGGCAAAACAGGAUUUUCAAUAGGCACUGCAAGGAAGGUAACCACUUUGUCUUUAGUAAUUGGACCUGGUGCUGGAUACAACCUGAAGUCGAAUCCAUUACCUAAAGAGGAAAGUCCAACCCGAAAUAGUGUGGAAACAAAGAAGCGCAGCACAUUUCAAGAACGAAUCCGGGCGGAACGUGAAUCAUUCAAAGCUGUCUUUGAUGGGAGACGUCCACGGAUUGGACUUGAUGUAGAGGAGGACUGAGUCAGAAAUUUGGUUUACUCAUUCAUACAGAUAGGUUCAAUCUAUACCUUUGUGUAUCAUGAAUAGUUAAUUAAAAGAAAGUUGUAUUUUUUGGUUGGCUGGAAUUGAAAAACAUGCCGUCCCCAGCCGAGUUUUGUGAAAUUUUGUAAAAUUGACCGAAAGGUUAAUAUGAAAUAUAUAUUCCUGAUUUGUUAAGGUCUAGUUGCUGUCUGUAUGGAGACUAAUGUCUCAUUUAUAUCUUGUUGUAUAAUAUUAAUAGGAAUAUAUUAUAAAUAAAUUUGAGGCUGUA